UCAGAUGUCUUGAGGUCGUACCUUAAGGAAGUGGCUUCAGUUGCCCCAACUCUGCCCUUCUAUUAUUAUCAUCUUCCAGCUCUCACUGGUGUUAAUGUGCCAGUAAGAGAUUUGUUGGAAGGUAUUAAGGAGCUCAUUCCCUCCUUCAGAGGUGUGAAGUUCAGUGGGACAGACCUGAUGGACUUUGGUCAGUGUGUCAGCAACAGUCAGCCUGACUGGUCCUUCCUCUACGGCUUGGACGAGCAACUGCUCGCAGCUCUGGUUCUGGGAGCCCACGGAGCAGUUGGCAGCACAUAUAACUACAUGGGAUGUCAUGUCAACAAGCUCAUAUCAGCGUUUGAGAAAGGCGACCUUGUUGAAGCCAGGACGAUACAGUUCAAGGUGCAAGAGCUGAUCAGUUAUGCCAUAAAAGUUGGCUUUGAUGUUGGAGUGAACAAGCAGCUGAUGAGUG